AAUGUCUAACUUUGUGGGCUCGUCACACAGAUGCAAAAUGGCGAACAGGAAAAAGCAGGAGGAUAAACAUCUCAAGAUACUACGGGAACUUGUAGGACAGCCUCCAAAUAAAAAAUGUUUCGAUUGUGGUCAACGAGGGCCUACCUAUGUUAAUAUGACUAUAGGAGCUUUUGUUUGCACUUCAUGUAGCGGGUUGCUGAGAGGGCUUAAUCCACCGCAUAGAAUAAAAUCAAUAUCGAUGGCUACUUUUUCUGCCACUGAAAUAGAAUUUCUUCAAAUGCAUGGCAAUGAGGUCUGUAGAAGUAAAUGGCUAGCACUUUGUGAUUCAACUCAUCAUGCAGAACCAGAAUCUAAAGAUGAACAAAAAGUGAAGGAUUAUCUUGUCAAAAAAUAUGAAAGAAAAGUUUGGUACAGUAGCCAACCAAAACAAAAAGCUGCACCACAGAGCCUUCCAGAAGUGAAACCAUUAAAGAACCUGGUUGGAGAGAAAGUUGAUGAUAUUCCUGUUAGCACAUCUAUUGGAACUCCAACUCAUCAGAGUCAUCAACCACCUAUUGCAAUACCUCGUGAUCCACCAAAGAAAAGUGUUCCAACUUCAGGAUUUGAUCUUCUUGGAGAUCUCGGUAGUGACCCAUUUGGAACAAGUACAGGUUCUCAAAAUUCUACUCAAGGCUUCGCAGCUUUCGACCAAGCGCCUUCACAGGAGCCCUUUGGAUCACAGUCAUCUUCGUUCGCCAAUUUUUCGCAGCCUCCUGGAGCCACCCCAGCGACAGACCCAUUCGGACCGCCAGCAGCUGCCUCCUCCUCUUUGUCUUUUGAUGCAUUUGGUCAAAGCUCGACACAACAAUCCACAAAAGCAUCUAAUGGUUUUCCAGAUUUUUCUAAAGGUGGACAAUCUGCCUCAGAUCCCUACAAAGCAUUGUCAGAACUUGAUGACGUUUUUCGAACGAGCAACACUCAAAGCGUCUUCAGCUCAUCGACGACCGGUCAGAAUGCACUGGGAAUCACUGCUAACCAGCACCCCAAUCCCUUCAUGAGCCCGGCUACUGGAACCAGUGGUAUAGCCAUGUUUCAACAGCAGCAGCAAAUGGCCCAAAAUCCCUUCGAUACAAAAGGUGCCAAUUCGCAAAACCAGUCGGGUGGUUGGGGUACACCCCUUUCAACGCAACAGGCAAAACAAGGGGGGUUUCCUGUGUCAGAAAUGCCUGUGGGUAGCGGCAGUAUGGCGUUUUCCAGCAGUCAGGGUGGAUUUGGUGGAACAAAUACCGGCUUUAGUAACACUCAGUCAGGAUUUGGAACAGCAUCAGGUCAAUUCAUGACUAACCAACAGAGUAUGUUUGGAGCUGUGCAACAAGGAACCCCUCAGGGGCAACAGCAGAACGUGGCCGGACAGUCGCAAGGCUUUGGAGGUCAGCAAAAUACCUUCAGGGACAAAACGCAAGCAUUUGGGAGGCCCCAACAGAAUGCGUUCGGAAAUGCUCAACAGCAACCCUUUGGAGGGGGACAACAAAAUGCAUUUGGAGGCAAGCAGCAAGGUCCCUUUGGUGUACAACAGCAACAACAAACACCUUACAGCACAGGACAAUCUUUAAGCGGGCAACAAGGUGGAGCACAGUUCUUUGGCGCACAACAAGGUUUUGGUGGACAACAGGGUUUUGGUGGACAACAAGGUUUUGGUGGACAAGGUUUUAGCGGACAACAAGGUUUUAGCGGCCAGCAAGCUUUUAGCGGACAGCAAGGAGGCCCUUUUGGGUCAAACCAAGGACAGCAAGUUCAAGGGCGCCCGGCUGCGGGCGGAGGACAGCAAACAUUUGUAGGGCAACAACCAUUUGGGGGCCAGUCGCAAGGAUUCGGAGCUCAGCAGCAAGCGUUUGGAGGCCCACAACAGGCGUUUGGGGGCCAACAACAAGCGUUUGGGGGCCAACAACAAGGGUUUGGGGGCCAACAACAAGGGUUUGGGGGCCAACAACAAGCUUUUGGUAAUCAACAGCAGUUUGGUGGUGACAGUGCUGGUUUAUUUGGGGUGCAACAGCCUCAGCAAAAGCAAUUUGGAACUUGGAACCCGUCAAGUAAUGCAGGCGCAGGCUCAUUUGGAAUGCCAAGUAUGAACCAGCAAAAAUCAACCAACCCCUUCAUGUGAACUAUGGCACGUGGACACUACAAUUAACGGCCUGUGGCUGUGAAGCUUCUGUUUCAAAGAUGGUGUUUACUUCUUCGGAUGAAUGUGUAAGAAUUAUCAAUGGUCUAACUCAUUGUUUAUUUUAAGCAUAGCAACGAGCAAAACUGGUAGCAAAAGCCUAACAUGAAAACGAGCUAUUGUCUGGGUCCUGUCAAAGAUUGUCUGGCAUCAAGUUAUGUCUCAACCCUAUUCAUAUCUGACUGCGUUUCGAAUAUGCGUAUUAUUAAAGCCGGAUGAUAGAAAAAGCUUGAUAAAACAGCUAUAAAUACACUUGCAAUUGGAAAAUGUUAUUUCAAGGUAGAAACGGCUGGCAACGCUUUUAGAAAAUAUAUUGGCUUAUAGAAUCGCUCUUAAUGUUCAGAAGCAACAGAAUAGACCUUUAGAUUGGCUUCGAUAUACGAUGAUACUAUAAGUCUAGAAAAGGGUAGGGCCGUUUUAUUAUGUAAAUCAAAUGGCAGGAUGUGAUUCAAAUCUAGCUAUAGUAUUCCCAAUUGAGAAAAAUACGACUGUAUUUCAUGUAAAAAUUUACUGAAAUGUCUUAGGUCUUUGUGAAUUUUUCCAGGCUAGCUUGUUGGCUUAACUAUGAUAACACGUUAAGCAGUCAUUUCAGUAAUCAUUGGCUUGUUAUUUGUUAAAUGCUGCCACCCAGUCAGUCAAUCUAGAAUCCCCUUAUCUUCGUUCUAAUGAUUUGUUUAAAGAGUGAUUCUACUGUUAAUUUCAAUAACUAUUGACGAUAUUUGUUAAUACCCCAUCUGGCUGCAAAAUUUAAUUUGGAUUAUCAAGACCGUGUAUCUUAAUCUUGCGCCAAUGUAUCUUUUCCCCUUACUUUCUGUUAGUCUUUCAGAAUCGUUUUUGUACAUUUUCCAUUUCUUUGGCCCUCAAAGAAGCUUAAUAGUAAUUAUCUCGGUAGAAAUUAACGACCCAGGGGCGUAGUUGGAUCUAAAUUUUUCUGCGAAUUUCCAGAUUAGAAUUUCAAACCAAUCUGGUGCCUUAGGGGGUAUAGCCCCUGCCCCCGCCAUUGCGCUCCUGUAGCAGUGUUGUAUCGAGACAAUAUGUAUCUGUGAAAACCAUUUUGCAGUUUAGAAUGUGUAUCUUUUGGUAAUUUCUUGUAGAAGUGUUUAGUUGUUCUUGUAACUUAAUUGUCUCUGUGUUGUUUUAAAUCUGUACUUUCAUCAGGACUGUCUGUGUGUUUAACAAGAA